AAAAGCUUAUUGAGUUUGUUAACAGGGCUUUGGCUAAUUAAAAAGAGGUAACAGAACCUCCCUCUCUCAUCUGUUCAUCCACGAAAGAACAAAGAGAGAGAGGGCUUUGCAUGAGAAGCUCAUAACAACUCAACUCGGGAACAAGUGAGAUGAAUCUGGGCAGGAAAACCCUGGAGCGCCGUGAGAAACGACACACGUCAGACGCCUGGAAAUCACAGCCUCUCUCAGUCAAUCUGGAGCUCCCUCCCAGCUAAAGGAUGAUGGGAUACGACUUCACUCUGAGCUGCCAGGGAUGCUCGUGUGUUUCAGAAAGACGGUCACGCUCAGCAUGUCCAGUGCUAUGUUCCUCCUGAUGCUGUGCAAGAUUGGUGUGAGAGGAAAACUGCAGACUUCUCUGAGGAAAAUGCUAAACACUGCUCUGAGUGAUGAGGAGAAGGGCAUCCAAGACAAGGAAAGCAAGGAAGAGUCCAUUCUGGCCAUGCUGGGGAUCAUCGGGACGAUCCUCAACCUCGUCGUCAUCAUCUUCGUCUACAUCUACACCACCCUGUGA